AUGGAUGUAGGUGGGAGAGUAGCUGUGGGCUUGGAGGAUAGAUCAAAGAUGGAGGCAUCUGUUCAGGAGCAGCUGCUGAACAUGUUGGAUAAUUUGGGAGAAGAGGAGCUGGAACGUUUCCGCUUUUACCUACAGAAUGGACCUGGAGGUCAUUUCACAACCAUCAAAAAGAGCCGACUAGAGAAAGCAAGCAGAAUGAGAACAGUGGAUCUUAUGGUGGAGACAUACACUACUGACCAUGUGAUGGAUGUGGUGAAGUGGAUUUUAGAGAAGAUUAAAAAAGGUCAGCUGCUGCCAGUGGUCAAAGCCUCCAACAAAGCUUUAUUGAAUGAUUUUUUCCUGUCAGACAAAGGCUGUGAAGCUCUGUCCUCAGUUCUCAGCUCCAAGUCCUCUAGUCUGAGAGACCUGGACCUGAGUAACAACAACCUACAAGAUUCAGGAGUGAAACUUCUGUCUGCUGCCCUGCAGAGUCCACAGUGUACACUGGAAACUCUGAGACUGGGUAUCUGUAACCUGUCACAAAGAAGCUGUGAAAUUCUUUCUUCAGUUCUCAGCUCCCAAUCCUCUAGCCUAAAAGUGUUGGACCUGACUAACAAUGACCUGGAUCAUUCAAGACUAAAGCUACUGUCAGCUGCACUGGAGAGUCCACAUUAUAUUCAUCUGAUUUGA